AGGCUCAGUCUCCGAGCAGCCAUUGAAGGGGAAGGAACUGCGGGUGUGUGUAUGUGUGUGCGUGUGAGUGCGCGCGCGAGUGUGUGGACAAGGAGGUGGGGGCAGUUGAGUUAGAGUCCCAACUCCUUGGACUCCAUUUGCUAUUCUCUUCUUUCUCCCCCACACCUAUCUGGUGGUGGUGGUGGGCGUUUAUAUUUGCGUUUCUUUUCAUUCAUUUCCAAAUCUUUUAAAAUUUUAGGGUUGGGGGUAGUGGGAAAGGCAGGAAAAGGUAAGGGAGGAGAGUAGUAGCAGAAGAGCAGGAGGAGGACAUGGAGAUGAAGAAGAGGAUUAACCUGGAGUUAAGGGACAGAGCCCCGGAGGAGGUGACGGAGUUGGUUCUUGAUAAUUGCCUCUGUGUCAACGGGGAAAUUGAGGGACUGAAUGAUACUUUUAAAAAACUGGAGUUUCUGAGUAUGGCUAAUGUCGAACUAAGUUCACUGGCCCGGCUGCCCAGCUUAAAUAAACUUCGAAAGUUGGAACUUAGUGACAAUAUAAUUUCUGGAGGUUUGGAAGUCCUGGCGGAGAAAUGUCCAAAUCUUACCUACCUCAAUUUGAGUGGAAACAAAAUCAAAGAUCUCAGUACAGUAGAAGCUCUGCAAAAUCUUAAAAAUUUGAAGAGUCUUGACUUGUUUAACUGUGAGAUCACAAACCUGGAAGAUUAUAGAGAAAGUAUUUUUGAACUGCUGCAGCAAAUCACAUACUUAGAUGGAUUUGACCAGGAGGAUAAUGAAGCACCAGACUCAGAAGAAGAAGAUGAUGAGGAUGGAGAUGAAGAUGAUGAAGAGGAAGAAGAAGAUGAAGCUGGCCCACCUGAAGGAUAUGAGGAAGAGGAAGAAGAAGAGGAGGAUGAGGAUGAGGAUGAAGAUGAAGCAGGCUCAGAAUUGGGAGAGGGAGAAGAGGAGGUGGGCCUCUCAUACUUAAUGAAAGAAGAAAUUCAGGAUGAAGAAGAUGAUGAUGACUAUGUUGAAGAAGGAGAAGAAGAAGAAGAAGAGGAAGAAGAAGGUCUUCGAGGGGAAAAGAGGAAACGAGAUGCUGAAGAUGAUGGAGAGGAAGAAGAUGACUAGAUCAUUCUAAGACCAGAUUCCCUAAUGUUCCUGGGUGUGCAAUAGAGUGGUCACAUCUUCUUUCUUUCUUCAUGUAUGAUAGCUAUCCCUACAGAAGAUAACGUGUAACUUUUUAUAGGAAAAGUGUGGUUUUACUAUUUUUGCCUUAUCAUUCCAAAUAAGAUUAACUAGUCUGUUAAUGAUCAUAUUGUAUGUAGAGAUAAAUCUUCAUUGACCCCAUUGUGAAAUUCCCUAGCAAUUUAUUUAGAAUCUUAAUUUUUCUAAUUAAAGCUCACUGUGUUAGUCAUUUUUAGCAUAAUUAAAAUAUGAUCGCUUUUACACAGGCGUAGUUUGGUGCAUUUCAUUCAUAGGGUUUUAAAGUUAUUUAUAAAUGAACUGAAAUCACAGUUGGCUGGAAUCUGGAAUGAAAAUAGUCUCUUGAAUGAUAAGUUGGUUAUUUUUUUAGAGGCAACCCAGAGAUCUUUAGUUUGAAGGCAAUGACUUUUUUUUUUUUUUUGGCUGAGGGUAUUUGGGUGCUUUUAUGUCACAUGAGUAGCUUGGAAGGUAGGAGCAGAAUAGUAAAGGUUUUAUUCAACAGUAUAGUUCAUGGCUUUUGUGGAGGCUUCUAAACCUUUUAAGCCAGGUGACUAAGAUUUUAGUUUUCAAGGAAAAAUUGCUUAUACUCAGUUCAGAGACAUGUAGGCGAGCCUUUUCUUCUUCAGGUCGAAGAUCAUGACCUGCCAACGGUUGUUGUUUUGUUUUAAGUGUGCAUUCUUCUCAGUGAUUUUUCUCUCAGUGAUUCUUUUAUGAUCACCUCCCUUUCUUGUUUCACUCCCUUCCUUCUUCUCAAAAAAGAGUUGGGAAACUCACGGAUACCCAGGAUGACUUUGUCUUAUACCUCAACCACCUUUUCAGACCCGUCUCAGUUUUAAACAAGCUAAGUGAAAGAAACUGAGUGUUUUCUGAAAUAUGAAUAUUAUUGUCAAUACAGUUUUAUGCAACAGACUCUGCUUACUGUAAAUCUCUUUCUUGACAAGAUGUACAGACUGUAUUAGGAGGAUG